AUGCACACAGGUCUCUCCUUCUUGGUGUCGGCUUCUUACGCCGAGGAUGUCCACGGAGUGGUCCAGUUCCAACUUGCAAAGAUCCUCAUGGCAUAUCUCAGACUCUAUAGGGCAUCAGAGGGCCAUCAUGUGCCGAUGAGUUCCAAGUCCCAGCAGCGGAUGCAUCUGGUCUCCCUCAGGGAUGCGCUCAGGCUCACCGUCAAGGAGGCUCUGUAUCGCAUCACGUCCAAGUUCGGGCAGUGCCUUCAAGCCGUGAACAUGUGUCCCGAGGACCAAGCUCUGCUCUCGGAAUUCAUUGCUUUCCAAGAAUGAAGAAAUUCCAGAAGCAAGAAGGGGAAUCGACCGAACACGACCGAUCUGUGAUUGCCUGUUUCCACGUGUGCACCACUGUUCAGUGUAGGAAUGUUUGUGUGCAUGAAUGUAAAAUUAAUGUGAAUGUGACAACAUGAUUCUUCUCCAGUC